AUGGCGUCUCUUCGCACCCUCCUCCUAUCAUGGGCAGUCUUGUGGGCUAGCGCUGCAGCUGCAGUGGUCGAAUCUGCCGUACAGGUUCGUAAUGCUCCAGGCUACUCUGGGGAAGACACAUACGUAGCCAUCAAGCGAGGUCUGGCUGUUGCCAGCUUGGAGAAACGUGAGCCCUACAAGACUCAAAUGGAUAUAACAAGAAGCUGGAGCGGUGCCACUCUGCUGUCGGUGGAACUUCCGCAAAAUCCGUCACAGGACUACAAGAACGGGACCCUGGAGCUUGAAGCCGGCAUAGAAGUCACUUGUAUAAAGUGCUACGUGAAGGGAGUUGCUACUGCUGAACUCACAAUUGAUGGCGACUUCAGCCAACUUAUGGAAACCACCAUCGACUCAGUUAACGCAACCGUCCGAAAUUUCACCGGAAAGUUCGAAAACCAACUAGUUGAAGCAUGGGACAACUUCACGGAAAACUUCGAUGUGACCGACGGGAUCAGCAAGGCGGACUUCGAGUUCCCAACGUUUGAUCUCGCGUUCGACCUCAACGUUCCGCCUAUUCCAGAAGCCAAUCUACGCUUCCAAUUCGAUGGCAUGGAGCUAUACCUGGAGAUCGGCACGGUUCUGAGCGCGGGAGCGACAUACGAAAUUACUCUCUUUGCCACACAAAGCCCUGCCGGAAUCAAAAUAGGUCCAAACUUAAUGCUUGGCGCAGUUCUCACAGUUGAUCUCGUUCUGGCUGUAGAAGGUGCUAUCGACAUUAGCAGCGGAUUUCACGUUAGGCUCGAUGACGGCGUCACUAUUGACCUGCCGUUAUUUGGAGACGAAGUGGCCAAUAUGACUGUUAAGGGCGGGCAAUUCGAAUUUCUACCUGUAACCCUGGAAAGUGCGAGCGUUUCGAUAGCCGCAGCCCUACGCAUAGGUGCUCACUGCGGUCUUGAAGUUGUGCCGCCAGACACGCCAUCUAUUAACGUGUUUGGCAUGGACUUGGGGCUUCCUGAAGUUCAAGCUGGUAUCGAAGUCGCCGUUUACGCAAAUGUAGCCGAGUUCAAGACCAACGUCACAUACGCUCCUAAUGACGACGAAUGUGAGUUGAAGGUCAUCCAAGAAUACAACUUUGCCGUGGGUGCAAUUGCUGGUGCAUCAGUCGCUGUCGAGUUUCUCAAUGAGACAAGGACAUGGGGACCAGUGGCGGAAGCAUCUACUGCCAUCUUUACAACCACGUUGGCGGAGGUAUGCGGGAUACAGGGCAAUCCAACCGCAGCACAUGCCACAAUUACACCUGCUCCGGAGAGACGACAAGAUCUCACGGAAACAGUGAUCAGUACUGAGAUCACCAGGAGCGGUAUCAGCUGCAGAAUUCAGGGCCCAGCUAACUGCCCCAACUCCGAGCAAGUCACUACUAGUACGAUAAUCAGCUCCACCAUCACAACAUCCGUACCGUCAGGAGUAGAAGCCACAUGGCCGGUGGAAACAUACGACGCCGUAAAGGAAACCGUUGCAUUCGGUGCGCAGGCGAAAUCCAUGAGAGCUGUUUCUGGCAAGCCAACACCAUAUGUCGAACCCCCUGUUGAAGAAGGUGGUGGCGACGAGCACGACGAGCACGGCAUCAAUAGCAUCAACGGUGUCGACGGCGUCAACGGCACGACUGGAGGUCUUAGUAACAAGGUUAUCACCGGUAUUUGCGUAGGUCUGGUUCUACCCAUUCUGGCUGCUAUCAUUGGAGCUGUUAUGUAA